AGAGAGAGAGAGAGAGAGAGAGAGAGAGAGAGAGAGAGAGAGAAAGAGAGAGACAUCGCUGAAGCAGGGGACCUCCCUCCUUGGUUUUUUCAUAGGGCAGAGGACGGACAAAAGAGUGCACCCAGGCUUUCAGCACAGUAAAGCCAAAGCGUUCUCAACCGUGAUUUCAUUUCCAGCAGGAUCAAGAGCGUAGUCAGUUUGCAUUUCAUCUUUUACAGUGAGAUGCGCAAUUUAUGGGGUUAGUAAAAAAAAGAGGAAGGCACAACAAAUGUGUUUGUCUUGGCUGUUAAAAUCGCCAAGCGGAAUUUCAGUAGGACGAGAAAGCUACAGCCUGGCAACUCCAAAAAGAAGACAAGAACACCCUCUGAAGGAUGAAAUAUAGAAUACAGUCCAAGGUAACCAUGCAAGCUGGAGGACACCAAAGGAGCCACGUUGGGCUGUUGACGUUGGGUUUACUGGUCAUGUUGGAGGUCUGCAGGGUCCAUGGCUGUCGAGUUGGCUCAGGAUUAGAGUGUGAGAAAGCCCCGUUUGUCCCAGGCCACAACCUGGCAGGGGAGGGUUUUGAUGUGGUGCGGAUGCGUCGGACGGGGGCAUACAUCAUCAAUGUCAAAACUCAUCUGGCUGACAACCACACCUGUACACUCUGUCCAAACCGCUUCCAAAAAGGACAGAUUCAGAGGCUCCCAGCUGCGGUGCUGGACUGGCGUCCCUUCAGCCGCUGCAGUAAGCAGCUUUCUAGUGCCCUCCAUCACUCUGUGGAUUCCCUGCUGCGCAGCUCCAGCUCCCUGGUUAACAACAACUGGGGCCUGGGCUUGAGUUUAGAAAAUAUUGGCAAGGCAGUGCUUGGAGGAAGCCGCUCAGACUUGGCCAAGUUUGCUCGGUCGCAGCACAGCGUGGACAAGGCCACUUUUGCCAUCCAUGAAAUCAGUUGCACCUACUACAGCUACAGGCUGGCGGAUCACCCCCAGCUGAGCACAGAGUUCACAAAGCAUCUGAAAAGACUCCCGCAGAGCUUAAACACAAGCCAGGACAGAGCCAUCUACAGACGGCUGAUAGACACCUACGGAACACACUACAUCCACCAGGUCCAGCUUGGCGGUAAGGUGAGACGAAUCACUGCAUUCAGGACCUGCCUGGCCACACUGAAGGGUUUCUCCGAGUCCGACAUCAAACACUGCUUGAAUGUUGAACUCCGGUUGGCUCUUGGUUUCCUCCCUGGCAAUGCAUCCUUCUCCAACAAGUGCGAGAACCUCCUGAAGGGUAACAUGAGCAUGGGCUUCUACCAAGGCUUCAUGACCCAUAAAAUUGAGGUUAUUGGUGGGGAGAGGUACUUCCCUGACAUCCUCUACCAGGAGGACCCAUCUGAAGCGUACCAGAGCUGGAUGAGCAGUCUCCAUGACAACCCUGAUGUGGUUUCUUACGGCAUCUUCCCUUUGCAUCAUCUGGUGGAGGACUCACAGAUCAGUGCUAAUCUGAAAAGCACUGUCACAGAGUAUAUUAAAGAUAACCAGCUGCAGGAGGACCAGGUUCGUCUUAAGAACUGCUCCCCAACUCCCAACCUGGACCAUAACUGCUGUCCUCUGCGGGCUGGCAGAGGAAACCUCAGACUGGAGAUCCACAGAGCUGCAGGUCUGAGGGCGGACACCUUCACCAAAACAGACGCCUAUGUGAAGAUCUUCUACAACGGCAUGUACGAGGAGACCAAUACGGUGAUGGACAACAAUGACCCAGAGUGGAAUGUGACCUUUGGCUUUGGAUCGGUAGAACUGGGUCAGGCGUUGAGGUUUGAAGUCUGGGAUCGAGAUGUGCUUUACAAUGACAUAGCGGGUAGGUGUGUCGUCUUCCCCGAGCGAGGAACUCACUCUCUUAGCUGUCAGCUGAACAAAGGAGUGCUCUAUUUCACCUACACCGUCAAAUGUGAUGCUCACUUGACAGGAUACAGGUGUGGACGCUACUCCCCUAAUGCUGAGUAGAUUAUUAGAUUACAACAUGUUAAUGUAGAUUUCAGCAGUUUCUUCAUACAUACUUUUAAACGUUCAAGUAGCAGAUUUUUCAGCAAGAGCUAGUUAGAUGUCAUUUCCCUUGCUUUUUAACCAUAAACUGUAAAAAUAGUGGACGUAGCAGCAGUGAUGUCACACAUUGGUUUGUGGACUAUUGUUUUGAACAUGGAUAUACCGUAUAGUAAUAAUGUAAUAUUUCAGUAUUAACUAAUCAAGUAAAAUUAAAUUAAUUUUGAUGUAGGGUAUUUACUGUUGUCACCUUGAAUUGUUUCAAGUAUGAUGCAAUGAGAUAACAAUGCAUUGAUAACCACAAGGCCACCCACCCACACCGGCAAGUGUCAGCAACAUCUUUGUUCUUAAAUGUCACCAAGGUAACAUCUGAUCUGGUGAAGUGCUGUCCCAAUCCCAUUUAUCCCUAUCGGAGCCAAUGUGGCCUCACACACUCACCACUCACUUAGCACCUGAGAUCCCUUGAAGUCUUUGAGCCUUUAGUCCUUAGGGCUCACUUUGGGAUUGGGCAAGUGAAGAUGCCCUUCACAAGUGUCAUCACUUCAUUUUCUCCUAUUAAAGACAUUUGUGUGAGGUCACAGUGACCAGCCAAUCCUUGAGCCCAAGUAGACAUUUGUGCAAAAUUUGAACAUGUUCCCUCAAGGAGUUCCUGAGAUAUCACGUUUAGGAGAAUGGACAGACGUAAGGUCACAGCGACCUUUGACCACCAAAAAUCUAAUCAGAACCCAAGUGGACAAUUUUGCAAAGUUUAAAGAAAUUCAAUCCAGUAGUUCCAGAACGUUACAUACAGACAACCCAAAAAUAUGUCUCUCUCUCUCUCUCUCCCCCCUCCGCUUGCUCUGGCACACCUCUGUUUCCAUGCGGCGGGUGAAAACCCUUCUGCGAGGAUACAUCAGUGUAUCCUGGAUUUUGACUUCUCCAAGGAGCCUCCUUGAUGCUCGAUCCUAACUCCUCAGUGAGAAUUUUAGGGAUUGGAACGUCCUUCAACAUGGUGCGCUGAGAACGAUUUCUCAGUCAGAAACCGGAGUAUCGAGGAGUUUGGGAAAUGGGCGGACACACACACACACACACACACACUUUUAUUCCAACUUUUAUUGUUUAGUUCAAACAGGAACCUUAUAAACAUACAAAUGACUUAGCAAAAGCUUUUCACUUACACAUGUACACUUACAACACAUUAGCCACUUAAACAGUACAGGAAUGCAGCUGCUGCAUUAAACCAUCGUCUCUGUCGCUUAACUCAAGAUAUUUAAAAAGGAGUAGAAACAGCAAAGAAACCAACUCAACAAUUGUUCUUAUUUAACAUUCCAUUUGACAUUUUGGGUUUUCUAAUUUUACAAACUAGAAAAAAAAAAAAAAAAAAGUACUAAAUUCACCGACAACACCGACACAACCAUGUAUCUCCUGCAUUUGCCAAGAUAAUUGCCUUAAAAUGUACAGGGUAUACAACAAACCUCGACACAUUACACUUAAGAGAAUUUUCCAGAUACUUGGCUUACUUUCUAAUGCAACCACAAUUUUCAAAAAAAGGUUCGAUCGGGAAUGAUAUCAAACGAUCAAUGUGAAUAACAACAUUUUCUGUCAAGUUGUCAUAUCUGCUGCUGUUACUGUGGAAUACAGCAGCAACAAGAGUUUCUUUUUUAAGAGCUGGCAAGUAAGAGCAUGUAAAGUAGGCAAGAUCCAACACUGUCAGGUAGGAAGGAUAUUAUAUAAUAAUAAAAAAAAAAAUCUACCAUUCUCAAAUCUCUUUGCACAUUUUCCGUACUAGAACUUUAAUAUUUCAGAGAAGUGUUAAUAACCAGUAGGCAUAUUUUCCUUACCAACAUCCAGUCCCUUUAUCAGAAUGUCAACAAUAUAAGACUGCAUGGUUUAUGUAACACAUUUGUCUAAACAAGCACCUUGGGGUACUCCACCACAUGCUGCAUUACUGGCGGUAUGGUCUGAAAUUUCAAACACAACUUUCAAGUUUCUACAAAAGUAACCUUGGAUAGCAAGUUACAAUUU